AUGGACCACCCCACCGAGGACCCUGGGAACGGCGCGCGCCCCUGUUUCUGCGCAUGUGCAGUGCUGCGAGCGCGCCGGUGGCCGCCCUUCCCCCAUCACCAGCGGCGAGUGGGUGACAGAGCCCCCGUCUCCGUGCGUCUUCGUCGCCCUGCGCCGUGACCCGCUGUGGCACUGGGCCACGAGUGGAGGCUGCGCCCCUCCAGUUCUGCCUUCAUAGUUCUCUGCCUUUCCCAAAAACUGCAGAAAAUGAACAAAUCCCAGGGAUCAGUUUCAUUCACGGAUGUGACUGUGGACUUUACCCAGGAGGAAUGGGAACAACUGGACCCCUCUCAGAGGAUCCUAUACAUGGAUGUGAUGCUGGAGAAUUAUAGCAACUUACUUUCAGUAGAAGUGUGGAAGGCUGAUGACCAGAUGGAGAGAGACCACAGAAACCCAGACGAGCAGGCAAGGCAAUUUUUAAUUCUUAAGAACCAAACCCCAAUUGAGGAAAGAGGCGAUCUCUUUGGAAAAGCACUUAAUCUGAACACAGACUUUGUUUCUUUAAGACAAGUACCCUAUAAAUAUGACUUAUAUGAAAAAACUUUGAAAUAUAAUUCAGACUUGCUUAAUAGUAAUAGAAGCUAUGCAGGAAAGCAGACUAAUGAGUGUAACGAAUUUGGAAAAGCACUUCUCUACCUGAAGCAAGAGAAAACCCACGCUGGAGUAGAAUAUUCUGAAUACAGUAAAAGUGGAAAAGCCCUCAGCCAUAAAGCAGCCAUUUUUAAACAUCAGAAAAUAAAAAACUUGGUUCAACCUUUCAUUUGUACUUACUGUGACAAGGCUUUCUCCUUUAAGUCACUCCUCAUUAGUCAUAAGAGAAUACAUACUGGAGAAAAACCAUAUGAAUGUAAUGUGUGUAAGAAAACCUUCUCCCAUAAGGCCAACCUCAUCAAACAUCAGAGAAUUCACACUGGGGAGAAACCCUUUGAGUGUCCGGAAUGUGGAAAAGCUUUCACCCACCAGUCAAACCUCAUUGUACACCAGAGAGCACAUAUGGAGAAGAAGCCCUAUGAAUGCAGUGAAUGUGGAAAGACAUUUGCCCAAAAGUUUGAACUCACCACACACCAGAGAAUUCACACAGGAGAGCGACCCUAUGAGUGUAACGAAUGUGCAAAAACCUUCUUCAAGAAGUCAAACCUUAUCAUACAUCAGAAGAUUCACACGGGGGAGAAACGCUACGAGUGCAGUGAAUGUGGAAAAUCGUUUAUCCAGAACUCACAGCUCAUUAUACACAUGAGAACUCAUACAGGAGAGAAACCCUACGAAUGUACUGAGUGCGGCAAAACUUUCAGCCAGAGGUCAACUCUUAGAUUACACUUGCGCAUCCACACAGGAGAGAAACCAUAUGAGUGUUCUGAAUGUGGGAAGGCCUUUAGCAGGAAGUCCCGACUCAGUGUCCAUCAGAGAGUUCACAUCGGAGAUAAACCCUGAAACUCCAGCCAGGUUGUACUGUGGAAAACUCCUGCCAGAACUCUUCAAGCGGGUGAGAAACCUCAUGACAGUAUUGAGGGAACAUGGGAAUUCAUACUGAGAUGUAAUCUCCCAACUCAAAAAUGUAUUAAAAAUAGGAUCCCAUGAGAACAUUAUACUGGAAGUUACAUGUGAUACCCAGCUAAAGCAUACCAGAAUAUAUCUAGUUGUAAAUAGCCAUACCCAGUUGUACUACAAUGAGCUUUUUAAAAUCUUGGAGUAUUCUAAACAGCAGCAUAAGAAAUAUACAAACAGUAUACGAUGAAUUUAGUGGUUUUAUGUGGAUAUGCCACAAAACACAAGUGGUAAGUUUUAGAUCUGCACAUGUGAAUUUAGCAUAAUCACUGGGAAUUUGAAAUUCUUGUCCUCUGUGAUAAUUAGGACGUAACAAGAUUUUCCAUACUGAAUAUCACGUGUUUUUCAGUAUCUCUGCAAUCCAGUAUGCAUUCCAAAUGAAACGUGUAACAGAUUUAAAGUAGCAUGGAACCUACGUCUUUCCCUACUGCUUGCUGGCAUAUAUCAGUUGGUAUGAACAUUGUUCUUGAGCUGCCUCUUACGAAACAGAAGACAGUGUUGAAGUUUUCCCUGCGUCUGGUUUGCUGAAGAUUUUCUAGAAGCACUAUUUACACAAAUAUGCAAAUGUGAAAUUGAUCUGUAACGUGAAGGAGGCAGACAUGAGCUGUACUACUCAGUAUGCACCACAGAAUGAGAAUUUGCCAUGUAAAGACAAUAUCCCCAUUCAUCGUGCUCUUAUUUUCCCGUGGGAUAUUUGCAUACAAAUGCAUGUCUAUUACCAAAAUAUUGUGUAACACAGAAACCACCUGUUUGUCUUUCCUUGUUUCCCUUAAGAUUUCAUGAAUUGUCUAGCAAAAAUGGUAGGAUUCUUCCAUAGUUCACAAAUGUUACAUUUCAGUGACUUUAGAGGAAAAAUUAUUUUAAAUAACUGUCAACUGUUUCAUUGCUUUUUAAAUUUUUCAUGUGCAUAACCCCCUUUAGAAGUGAAUUUUUACACUAUUUUGUUGUUUAAAGGAGGCAUUUCUACUUCCUUGAGUUUUGCUGUUGCCAACCUAAAACAUUUCCCUUUGGAACAUGAGUUAUAAGUUAUUACCUUUCCUUUAAAUGUUUACACUUUUAUAAAAGUCAGAUUUUUCAGUGGUCUCUCCAUAUAUUAAGAAUUUUUCUGUAACUCAAAGAUUUGCUUUUAUAGACUUGAUUUCAAAUUCUUAAGUUCAGCCUUUCCCUAUCAAUCACAAAUCAUGUAUUGGAAAUUAUAAAUGGCAACCAAAAACUGGCUUUUAAAAAAAUAUUUUGGGGAAUCAUUGACAUGCUGUCACUAUAUAUGAAUUUGAGUGACUUUCUGAACAAAUUUAUCCAGAACAUCCGUAGCCCAAUAAGCUUUUGUCUAAGUUGUCAUCUUACCUACUCACAAAGGAGGGGAAAACGUUAUUUUCAUAGCUGCUUUUAGAAAUGUAAAUUGUAACAACCUCCUUGGAAAACAUUGUGAGUCUGUUUUAACAUUAAUAUACUCUUACAACCUAGGAAUCUCCUGGGAAUCUAUCCCUAAGGAAAAAAAAGUGCCAGUACCUAAGAUUAUAUGUUUACUAAUGUAUAUUGUAUUUUUUGGUAAGGACCAAAAAAAGAAAAAAGACCAUCAGUAAGGGAAUGGAUGAAUAAACUGUGGUAAAAACAUACCGUGGCUGAAUGGUAUUUCCUUGAAAAGAAUGUCUGGGAACAAACUCCAAACUUCUCUAGGUCAAAUGAGGAAAGCAAGAGGGGAGAGAGAGAGUGUAUGUGUGUGUGUAGCAGUUUUUAUAAAAUAAAGAUAAACCCUUAUA